CAGAACAGCUGAUUUUGCGCGAUGAGCUCAUUGAACCUGCGGCAGAGCAUCAGAUGCGCCAUCUGAUUGAGCGGCAUUAAAAAGCAGAACAAAAAGGGGAAGACAUUUUUUAUUUUGUUCCUCCAAAAUAACAGACACCACCUUUUUUAUUUUCGAACCGAAAACGAUCUGAUACAUAAACAGACCUAAAGAUGAUGGAGAAAUCAAGCAGCCAGUACGACUCCUUCCUGUUCUGGAGGCAACCGAUCCCGGCUCUGGACAUGUCGGAGCUGGAGGACCUGGGGUUGGCGGACAGCAGGCCGAUCAGCAGCAGCAAACCAAAAGACAAGACGUCCCACCUGUGGAGCCAGGACAACGAGGAGCCGCCGUCUGAGUUCUCCUCCUUCAACUACUGGAGAGCUCCAAUCGCCGACGUGGACUCCCUGCUGGCGGACCUCAACCUGCUGCUCUGAAACCACCGCGAUCCGAGCCCGGAUCAGUCCCGCAUCAUUUCAUUCACGCCGAUAAGAUCUAAAUCCAGAUCCGUCCAACUCUUUGACUUAACUCUGCUUUCCACAAACACUGAAGUAACGUUAAAGUGAUCCUCGAUGAUUUGUUUAACAUUCAUAAGAUGGAGUUUACAUUAAGAGAAAUUCAACUCUGGAAGGAUCACGUUCAAGCGCUGCAGAUUGUCAAAAUAUGCUUAUGUUUAUUAUUUAUUUAAAACUAGAGGAUGAAUGCAUGACGUCACUGAUUGACAGAAUUAUUGUUGUUAUUCUGGGAUUUUGUUGAGCAAAAUCUAUCUGAUGUUAAAUAAGGCUUCAAUUUUCCCUUGUUGAAGUUUUUUUUUUUAAAGUUUAAAUGUUUAUUAUAUGAGGAGUUUGGUUCAUAUUUGUAACUUUUGUUCUAUUUAAAGCUGCUUUAACACUAAAUUUACAUUUAUUUCAGCUGUUGCAUUAUUAAUGCGAUUCAAAUUUCUGAAUGUUUAACACUUCCUUACAAUAAUGAAAUAUGAUUUUAUAUACCCAUGUUAUUUUUUUUAAUAAAGAAAUUAAGCCCCAAGGAAAAAUAAAAAUCCAUUU